GGGUUUCCAGUUGGAGUCAGCAGACCACGCCCCUCCUGUCAGGCAGCGGUUACAGAGGCGGCCAGGUUUCCUCCCCUCCGCCGACUAGUGUAGCGGCGGCGGCGGCAGCAGCACAGCGGAGGGACUAAAAUGCGGAAUGGCUCCUGUCGCUUCGGGUUUGAAAGCGCCGUGUAGCUGCUGGCUGGUUAAUGUAACGCUUUAGCGCGCUUUUGUGUUCUUUCCCCCCUUCCACGGGCCGCGGCUACUUCCUGGCGCCACAGCCAGACAGCGAGAGGCAGUGCUGAGUGAGAGCGGGGCCGCAGACGCCAGCGGCGGGCGAGGAUUCACCGACAUUACAAAGGCCUGCCCUCUCUCCUUUUUAUUUUUCUACUUUUUUUUUAUCACAUUCCCAGUCUGCCAUCUUAGUCUUUCGGCCCCCCUUCCUCCUCCUUUCUCGCCUGCUUCGUACACCACCAGGCGGAGUGGAUGACGCUCGGCUGCGGUUAAUAGCGGAAUCGUAACGGGGAACGGAUUCCUCCCUCGCCCGAGAAGCCUCUCAGACAAGAGAUUAUUCCUUUUUUUUUUUUUUUUCUUUUGGGUCAAAACACUCGAUUCAUUCCGUCAUCAUUUCUCAAGCCGGGCAUCGCUGUUGUUUUUUUAUUGUUUAUUUUUUUUAUUUUCCUGGCGACGGAAGAUGGGUUGUUUGGGCAACAGCAAGACUGAAGACCAACGCAUCGACGAGAAGGCUCAGCGAGAGGCGAAUAAAAAGAUCGAGAAGCAGUUGCAGAAGGAGAGACAAGCGUACAAAGCCACACACAGGCUCUUAUUGCUGGGGGCUGGAGAGUCUGGAAAAAGCACCAUUGUGAAGCAGAUGAGGAUUCUCCACGUCAACGGCUUCAACGCAGAGGAAAAGAAACAGAAGAUCCAGGACAUACGGAAAAACGUAAAGGAUGCCAUAGUGACAAUAGUGUCAGCGAUGAGCACUUUAAUACCCCCUGUCCCGCUUGCCAACCCAGAAGACCAAUUCAGAAUCGAGUACAUCAAGAGCAUAGCACCUCUCUCUGACUUUGACUAUUCGCAGGAGUUCUUUGACCAUGCAAAGAAGCUGUGGGACGACGAAGGGGUGAAAGCCUGCUUCGAGAGGUCCAACGAGUACCAGCUCAUCGACUGCGCACAAUAUUUCCUGGACAGAAUUGACUCUGUAAGACAGAGCGACUACACACCAACAGACCAGGACUUGCUACGCUGCAGAGUGUUAACUUCAGGGAUUUUUGAGACGAGGUUCCAGGUGGACAAAGUCAACUUUCACAUGUUCGAUGUUGGCGGCCAGAGGGAUGAGAGGAGAAAAUGGAUCCAGUGUUUUAACGACGUCACCGCCAUCAUCUUUGUGGUGGCCAGCAGCAGCUACAACAUGGUAAUAAGGGAAGACAACAACACCAACCGGCUACGGGAAGCCCUGGACCUCUUUCGCAGUAUUUGGAACAACAGGUGGUUACGCACCAUCUCCGUCAUUUUGUUCCUCAACAAGCAGGACAUGCUCGCCGAGAAGGUUUUAGCUGGAAAAUCCAAAAUUGAAGACUACUUCCCCGAAUAUGCUCGCUACACCAUACCAAAUGAAGCAAAUCCUGAACCCGGCGAGGACCCCAGAGUGACGAGAGCAAAGUUCUUCAUCCGAGACGAGUUUCUUCGGAUCAGCACGGCGAGCGGCGACGGCCGACAUUAUUGCUACCCGCACUUCACCUGCGCCGUGGACACGGAGAACAUCCGGCGGGUGUUCAACGACUGCCGGGACAUCAUCCAGAGAAUGCACCUGCGGCAGUACGAACUCUUGUGAUGGGGGCGUGGCUUCCUCCCCGCCAUUCUGCAUCCUCCAACCACGAACCCUGACCUCCCCCCAUCCACGGUCUCUACGCACCACCGCCCCCUGCUGUGGAGGACAAUGAAGUACUACUGAAGUGUGUCAAAUCCUCUCCUCGGCUUUUCUUGAUUGCUUUUGUUAUUCUGAUGGAUUUGAUUUCUUUUAAUGUUUCUUUUUGAAGGCCUUGACUCGUCAUUCCACUAAGCUUCACGCUACCUCCUUUCUUUUGACCCCCCCUCCUCUUUUUUUGUUUUUUUUUGCCUCGUCUUUGGACCUGAAGACACCUGCAGGAUGUGUGUGAGCGUGCAUGUGUGUGUGUGUGGUCACCCCCCCUCCCCCUUUGGGUGUGACCCCCCCCUCCUGCCCAUGUGCGGAAAUACGGAUGAAGAGAUAAAUGCACUUUGGCAUCAACUUUCCUUUUUUUUUGUUGUUGUUUUGUUGUCGUUUUAACUACUUUGCUGGUUCUCCAGAGGAAGCGUACACACAAUGUAGCAUCGCGAUAUUUAUUAACCCCCCCCGUCACCACGCUCGCUGGGGGCCAAGAGAGAUGCGGAGGGUGCACGGCGAGAAGAAUUUUUCAAAAAGCGAAUGAAAAAGAGACUGAGCUGCGUGCACCUUUUAAACCCCCCCCCCCCCCCCCCCCCACACACACACACACACACACACACUGACGCCUCCACGAACUCGGACCUCCUGCCGACCCUCCUAAACACACACACACAAACACACAAACACACACACACACACACACACACACACACAAUCCUUCUAGCGUACCUGGAUGAGGAGAGAAAAAAAUGUAGUUUUUUUGUUUUUCCUUCUUUUUUUUUGUUUUCCUUCUUCUGUUAACUUGUACACUGUGCAAGGUUGAAUUAUCCUGUACAGACUGUAAAAUGUAAUAUUAUUUUGUACAACUUAAUUGAAAGAAAAACACAUCUACUUGUAGAUCUUUGUGCCUUGAUUAUGGCUGUACCUGUAAAUGAGCUCAGAUGUAAGUAUGUUUUCGACUGCGCUGUACAGCUUGAUGUCAAACUCUACGGGCGGCAGAGGACUUUCUGCUGGCUUGGGGGACUUUCUCUGUAGAGUUUAGUUUUUUUUUGUUUUUGUUUUUUUUCUGUUUUAUAAAAAACAUGAAAACAAAAGAGGAAAUGCUGUUUGUUAAAAAAAAACAAUUUACAAAAAAAACCCCCAAAAAAUAGGGAACUAAUCCUCCAAAAACCUGUAUACAUUAUGCAAAUUAACCACUUACCUGCAGUGAGGACCAGAUGUUGCAGCGCCAUGCCUUUUUACUUUCUUUUCCACUUUAUUGUUAAUACUUUUAAUUUCCCAGCUUUAACGAAACAUUGGAAAUCCAUUGAAAGUGUCCAAAUUGCAACCUGGUGUUGUUUUGAAUAGGAACCAACAUUUUUUUUUCAGUUUUUCUUUCUGUUCUGAUGUGCGUGCAGGAUUUUUUUUUUUUUUUUGCUGAAGUGCGUGCCUGUGCACACGUGUACAUAAGACAACAAAGACUCGCACAUGCGUGGUGUGUGCGUGUGAGGAGAGGAUGUGUAAAGAAUUUUAUAAAUGUAUGUACAUGUAAAUUUAUAGGUCUAUAUAAAUAUAUAUGUACAAUUAUACAUGUUGAAUUAUGUGUGUGCCUAAGUGUACAUACCUAUGUAUGUAUACAGUAAAGAUGUAUACAUACACACAUAGGAAAGCAUGUUUAGAUUGGAGAUGAAUAAAUGAGAGUGUGCAAUAUUAGUCAUCUGCUGCUCCAUGGGAACCAUACAGGAUGGCACAGGCACUAAAUGAAUGUGUGAGCAGCUCCCAACAAGACAAGCUCUUCUCCUUCUUGUACAAACAGCAUCAGCCUUUUCUUCUGCUACGGAACACGUCUUAUCCCCCUACACCCCCCCCCCCAAAAGAAAAACAAAAAACUAAAGAGUGACCACAGAGUGACUGGAGGUGCCAAACACCUCGUUUGGGCCCGAGAGGAUGAUGAAAUGACAUUUUUAUUUUUCUUUAAAUAAAGAGGCACAUUAGAGGA